CUCAAAUCGUAUUGCCGAUAAAACCCUUCCUCUUUUCUGCCGGAUGGCCACUCCGCGUCGCCUUCCGACUCUCCGCUUUUCUCCUGCAGCGCGCCGUCAUCCGUCUUUCCCCUCCUCAACGCAUCGCUCUCCUUCCAAUUUAUCCGCUUCGAUUUGCUCUUAUUGUCUCGACUGACCCAGGUCUAUUGCUGGCUCAGUCGCUUUCGCUUCCCAGCUAUCUUUUCAAACCUUUUUAUGCAAUCAGAGCCUACUGCCGUAUCUCAACAUACACCCUCCGUUGACUCAUCCAAAUCUAGCUCCCACCCCAUCCAACAUGGAAAUGACUUCAAUGAUGCUGCAGUCUCUGGCCUUCUUCACCCAGAGGAGACUGGAGACUAUUCAGCACGGGCAUCUCCCACACCGGGAAUCGGCGAUGCGCUCCUGAGCGAUUUGAGCGAUGUAGACUUUGCCCCGCCCUCCUCACCUGCCCAGCGAGUCAGCGAGUAUGAGAAUGCCGGAACUCCAAGCAAAAAGACAGAUGACCCGGAGUCUCAAGUCUCGCCAUUCUUGGGCCCCUCAAAUCUGCCUCUAGAGACGCUUCCAAAUGAGGUUCUUACCCAUAUUCUGUCGCAUUUGCCGCCCCAAUCUCUCUCUGCUAUCACGCUGGUAUCUCGCCGAUUCCAUGCGCUAGUUACGACUCCUCAUGCCUGGAGAAUCGCAUUCUCACGUUUCUUCCCGGGGCCGCAAUCUUUAGAACAUGGGCAACGUACUCCAACCAACCCCGAAGACUUGAUGUCAGACCGACGGUUCUUUGCCAGACUCACUGCACUGGCGUCGUGGCGCAGCGAGUACAUUCUUCGUACUCGUUUGAUGCGGUCGUUAUCUCGAGGUAAACCAGCUCAAUUUCAACCUAACAAAAGACAAGGUGCAGUCCGCUCGGCGACCUCUCGCAAUGGAAGUGCCGUAGCAACAUACUCCUCACAACUCUUGUUUCCGGUGAGCCAUAUUCACGGAUACUUCAACAACGCGGAGAAAGAACCCACCUUCAUUCAUGGUGCCUCCGAACAGGGGGUUGCCUCCGCCAGUGAUCCGUCUGCUGUCAAAGUGACCACCUGGGGUAUUUCCGACCACCAGAUGUUCCGGCACUUUGCGGACAGUUUCCCCGGUGAUGCCCCAUUUGGCCUCGGGGCUGGCGAUAUGGUCGGUGUUCCCAACUCGAUGGAUGUAAGCCAGCCGUACGGUAUGAUCUAUGGCGAGGGGUGCCCUCAGGGCCGCAGCUACUUUAUUUCAACCUCGGAGCAGCGUGGCCGCUUCCUAGGUCACUCGGAGCUAGGGUCUCAUCCCAAGUUGGGAAUCCCCGCUAUGAACAUGAUCACCCACGCUGUUUGUUCGGUUUGGAUCGCCAAGUCACCUUCUAUCCUCAAGGCGACAGGUGGUCUCAUUGCGAUGAUGACUGGUUCGUCCUCGGGCAUCCUUUCUGCAUAUGCCAUGGGUCCCCAUCCUACAUAUGAGAAGCGGUAUGAGCGUGGCCAGGUGACUGCCAAGUGGGUUCUCAGCCCCGGUGUGCCUAUCAUCCGUAUCGCCGUGGACGAUGGUUACUCGCUUAAACGUCAUGCUCAGCGACGCAUCUGGGCGGUUGCUCUUAACGCUCUAGGGGAAAUCUUUUAUCUUACGGAUAUUCCCAAAGAGCCAGAGCUUCCAUCCACAGCUAAGCUAAACGCGGAGCAAUUCGAUGAACUCGCGUGGAAGACUGGCAGAACCGUUCGUUGGGAGCUUGCUGAAAUGAGCCGGCGUACUGCACGGCCGGACCCUUUCAAUCGAGAUCCAGUUGAUGGCAGCUAUAGCCCGCGCUCUUCGUCGGAAUCGAUGUUGCUGGAAGAGAGUCAAAUUGCUGCGGAGACCAAAGAGGUCGAGAAGUUCCUCUCCUUUAAACCAAAGCAUUUCCGCAAGGUCUGCGAAGGGUGGAACAUGCGCCGCGAUCUUCACGUUGACUUUGCUGGUGAUGAUGGACGUGGAUACGGUGAAUCAGUUGUAGUAAUUGCCCGUGGCGAAGGUGAGACCGAAAAAGCUUCCGUUCGGCGGUUUGUUCGCGUCGCGUCGAAAACCGAUGUCAAGUCGUCGCCAUCAACACCCGGUGGUUCUACUCGCGUUCGGGAUCAAGUCUCCACGUCCCUCUUUGGCGGCCCUGUGGCUUCCUCAAGUUCGACACCCACACAGAGCUUCCCGCCAUCUCGAGCCUCGAGCCGGUUCAGCGAACAGGUGCGUGUAGUGAAUACAGAAUGGCGUAUCUCGGACUUCACAUUUGGGGACCGAAAAUUGGUGGAAGUGACAACCACUGCGAUGGAUAAUUCGAUGUUUGCGACCGUAACUGCGCAGGAGGAUCCGCUGCUGUCAAUGUCGGGAAGCUCUUUCUCCUCCGCCACGUCCUCACCAAUGCUACCGCAUAUGGAACAACCGCACUCGACUCUCGAGGUUCCUGGUCAACGGGCACGUUACCUGGCCGUGGGAACCUCCACAGGCGGAGUCUUUGUCUGGGAUAUUCGUGCUUCCCCAGCACAGAAUUCGGAUGUCAUCAACUCGAUUUCCCCACUACGUUUCAUACAAACCGAGUCUCCGCAAGUAUCAUGCGUGGCGUUGACAUCGUUGUACCUCGUUCAUGGUGGUAACGAUGGUCUGGUGCAAGCUUGGGAUCCCCUAGCUUCAUCCACGCGGCCGAUUCGUACAAUUAACUCGCGCUUCUCUUCUCGUGCGCGACGCCGGUUGGUACAGGCAGAAGCUUCCGUGCUCGGGGUUGGAAGCAACUACUUUGCAACUGGGGCGAUUUGUUUGGAUCCGGAUCCGACGGUGCUUCGGGGAAUGGUCUCGUUGGGUACCCAUCUCCGCUAUUGGUCGUACAGUUCCUCGGGUGCGGAUCAAUACAAGUGCAGCAAACGCCGCCUUCGCCGUUCUCUGCGGGGUAGUAAUGGUGCUGCCGAGGGUCAACGCUUCACUACCAGCGGACGCGGUGCGAUUCGCGACUUUAUCGAGGAUGAGCGUAUCGAGCUAAAGCGACAAGAGGUUGAAAAGGCAAAGGAAAGAGCGCACCUCAGUGCACGAUUCGGUGUCGACCUUCUUGGCCCUGAUAUUGACGAAGAGCAACUCUUGCUAUACGCCCAGCUCCUGAGUGAAGAAGCCUAUACUGCGGGUGUGGACGCGGCCAAGCGCGACGUAGGUGAUCAGACAGCCAUCGCCAGCUCUGCCACCAGUGCCUCCGUCAGCGAUGCUAUCGGGCCAAGUUCCUUCGGUCUAGCCGAAGUGUCGUCAUCAUCUUCCCCUUACCAAGAUCCGGUAGAGGAGAGCAUCGAUGAUGACCUCGCUGAAGCAAUCCGCCUCAGCCUGCUUGAUGAGAAGACAUCAAUCCCACCAGAGGAUCUGACACCCUCUAUUCCCAUCAAGUAUUCAAAGGGAGUGCGCAGACCUCGCCAAUCAUCACCUGGCCACAAUUCGGGUCCUGAGAGUAGUCAGCAACGGGAAAUGGAUGACCUGGAAUAUGCCAUCCAGCUCAGUCUGGCAGAGGACAAGAGCCGCGGAGAUGUGGCUGGCGAGGAAUGGGAGGAAUUCCCGACUUUGGCAUCCGCACCGCUUUCGUCUUCACAGUCCUCUGGCAAGGGAAAGGGAAAGGCGCGGGGUUGGUAGAUGUCCGCGACAUAUGGGUUUGAUUUGAAUGUUGUGAUUUGCAUAUAUAUUUGUUGGAUGUUUUGAUACCAUACAUCUCGAGCUCUCUUUCUCUGUCUUGACGAUGCCUUGACUCAGCAUGGAGUAAAGCAGACUCGAUUGGUUGCCAUUGCAUUAAUCUUGUGUCCUUCUAGUUAGUUCUUGAUUAUCUUGAUAUUUACAUUCGAAUCUCGAUCGUUUUCUGUAUUUCAAUCUGCUCCAAGUGUAAAUUACGUCGCAUAAUACCAUGGCGUGGAAUCGGCGGAGGUAUCUCGGUACUUGGGUAACGGUUAUCACUGUGCUCAAUUUUCGACGCUGAUAAACUUGGAAAAUGGAUGAUAGUCAUUAGGAUAACUAAUAACAUUGACUAGUCAGAGACAACUGUCAAGAAGAACAUGACAUCAUCUGUUGGACUCCAACGAAGCAUGUACAACAGAACCAAAAAGAAAGGAAUCACACAGACAGCCAAGCGUCAGAAGAAUUGAUAGUCUGUACAAAUCGAGGAUUGGUCACUCGAAAAUGUCCCGACUCUAUGCCUCUCAUAAUGGAUUCAACGGGAAGGGGAGAGGAAAAAAUAAACAAUAGAAGGGAAAUAUCAUCUACAACAGAGAAGCAAGCAGCAUGAAAACACCGCUCAGACCACCCAAGGCAAUGGAGGGGGCACCGUUCAGAGAAGACGCGGCGUUGGAGUGGGUGGAGGUACCCGAGGAAGAGGAGGAGGAGGUAGAGCUGGAGCUGGACGAGUUGGAGGGAGUGUUGGACUCGUCGUUGGCCAGCACCUUGAACUGGACAUUGGUGAUCUCGCUACCAGUGUAGUCGUAGACCUUCUCGGAGAGAGUGGUGGCCGUCACCGAGACCAGGGCGCCGGAGGGCUUGUUGGGCAGACCGUUCUUGAUGUAGUCCGAGACCUUGGAGGGGGCAUCGGGUAGGUUCCAGGCGUUGUAGAAGGUAGAGUUGGUGAUCAGGUCGGCGCUGCAGGUCUCCGGGGUGACACUGGUCUGGGAGGUGUUGCUGGCGGAGAUGCGGCUCAUGUCGAGCUUGUUGAACUGCUUCUGCAGGUUGUCAUAGUCGAUCAGAGUGGUGAUGGUGCCGUUGUCGUUGACCUGGACCAGGCCAUACUCGUUCUCCUCGAAUGUCCACUCGUAGAUUAACCCACCGGAGAAAGCCUGGGUCAUCUCUUCGCCGUACAGGGCCUGCACCUCGGUGAAGAUACGGGGCUUGACCUCGUUACAGCCAUACUCGGAGAAGAAGACGGGGAGAGUGGCAUUGGAGAAGUCCUCGGUCAGGACAUCGUAGCCGCUGGACUUGUAGGAAGCAUCACCGCACCACGAGUAGGAGUUGAGACCAAAGAAGUCAGCGCGCGAGCUGGUAGAGUUCUUCAGGUCGCACUCGAAGUAGUUCACAGUGUCCAUCAGGAUGUCACGGAUGUCUGCAGCGGAGUAGCCAACGGGGAUGGCGCGGUCGGACUGCUUGGCGAUGUAAUCCUUCAUGUCACGGAUCACGGCACGGACAUAGGCGGGAGCCAGGCGAGUGGCUUCCUCGUUGAUGACUUCGUUUCCAGCAAAGAAGCCGAGAACGUUGUCGAAGGCCUUGAAGGCUUCGAUCACACCAAAGACCUGCUGGUAGUAGGCGUUGGUGUAAGUCGUCCAGGGAGCAGUGCGGUCCAGGUAGCCGUUGGUAAGAGGGGAGUUGACAUCGAGGAUCAUGUAGAUACCGGCGGCAUUGAAGAUGGAGGCACACUUGUUGUGGUCGAGGGUGGGCUCGAGAUUAUAGACACGGAUGGUGUUGAUCUAAUGUGAUAGGAUCAGUUGCUCGGCCCACAUCCCUGGGGGUUGAUGACGAUCAAGAUCUUACACCCAGGCGCUGCAUCAGAGCGGCAUCACGAAGACAGACAUCACCAUCACUCAAAGGGUCCUUUUUGGCAGUGAAACCAGAGGAACCACCGGGCUGGUAGCUGUCGUAUACGUUAGUUUGCGAUCCUGGGGAAUGAAUAUACUGCGAUGUGCGACAGGCUCGCACGUGGCCGCCAUCGGAAUGUGGGGAAGGGGGAAAGUCUCACUCAACACCGAGAAUCUGGAACCGAUCACCGGUCUUGGAGUUGACAAAGUCCUUGCCCUGGACCUUGAGGGGAGUCACGGCCGCGGCGGAGCCAGCGAGGGCGCAAAUGGCCGUAAGGAGACGAGUGUAGGACUAUAGAAGGCGGUGUCAGCACUCGGUGUGAAAUAGUCUGGGUUUUGCGCACCGCGCUGGGCAGGGAAUUCCGUACGGAAACCAUCUUGAAGCAAAUUUAUGGAAGACGGAGUAAUUGAAGACGAAAGAGAUCGAGAUCGAAAGUCGAAAGUCGAAAGUCGAAAGUCGAAAGUCGAAAGUCAAGAGCUGAAAGAGCGACGGUGCAGUGCGCGAGAAGGAACGAGUGACAGGCGAUGCGAAAUCGACCAAAAACAAAGAGCGCGACACGCGACAAACGAGAGUAGAUGUGUAUCACUCCGACAAAGGAUGCGGAAGGCUAAAAGAGAAAAGGAAGGGAAAAGGAGGCGGUUUAAUAUGAAACGAAAAUGGCCAAGGAUCAGCGGGG